AGUAUCUUUCCCACCGGUGCCUUGGAUAAGUAAUAACGAAUUUCGGGCCCCUAAUCAAUGGAGUCAUGUCUCAAUUUUAGAUUGCGUACUUGGCAAGUGGAGAAACCAGUUGAAUGGUGUAGAUGUUCGGUGCAUACCAGGUCCAAAUGACGUAGCAGCACAACAGAUAUCGCGGGGUAUGCCUCAUUACUCAUCAAAUUGUGCAACGUAACCGCGCCGAAAGUGUUAAGAGGGAAAAUUAUUUAGCAUUUUAGUAAGCGAAAUUCACUGAAGCCGGUUGGAUUGAUGCAUGUGUGUUCUGGUGCGUAGAAUUCUCAUGAAAAGUGCGAUAAUUUUCUAAAUCAGAAAAAGAUUGGAAGUGAUCAGUUCUACUGGUUGAAGUGAUCAGUGAAGGUUGAGUUGGGACUGUGAAAUAAUAACCUAUUGUUAUCAAAAACCAAGUUUACCGGUGAAUUCAACGUGUAUUCAGUGAUAUUUGUUAAGGUUUUAUGUGAGGUAAUACCUACUAUAGUGGAUCUAAGCAUUGUUAACGCUCGGGAGGAAACUUACAACAGCUCAGGAAUAGUGUUGCAUCAACAGCCAGCCACGUAUAACCUUAGCCGUUUCAAUGACAUGUCGCUAGUUAGUUUAUGAAAUUGUUAUUUAUUUUCGUUGCCGCAAAAGAUAAAUACAAGAAUGCCCAGUAAAUAUCUUUUGAUAUUUAUCUUAAGCACUGCAUUGCGGUGUGCAAUAUCUCAAAAUGGUGAUACCAGUAGUCCCGCUCUUCAGUUUACAGAUCCUGGAAAGGAUCCUGGAGAAAGUAUAGCAAACUCCACUGUCAACAUCACUUCACCUAGUGCAACCUCAGAGAUAUCUACCCUCUCGCCAACUUCAACAGCAAACUCAUCAUCAACGGAGGCUUCCGUAAAUUCAACGGACCCCAAUCCUCUCAGAGAAGCCGCUUCCAACUCAAAUGCACUAAAACCAGAAGGUGACUCAUCCGCACCUACCUCAACACUAUCAACGGUUGCCAGUUCACCUGUUACUCGAUCAAUACCAGAUGAACCAGUGAAGUCAAGUCGACCACCCUACAGACAUCCUGAGACAUGUGCGGAACGUGCUCUGCAACCUAUCCAGCCAGAACAGGAUGAACUCUCCAUGAUACGAAAAUGUUGUGCAAUCGGGGAAAGUUUUGCAAAUGAAAAUUUCACAGAUCGUCCUAAUGAAUGUGUGGACAAUGAUGCUCCAUUCCUGCUUGAGCCAAUCGCAGUAACAAUGUACAAUGGUUGUAUAGAGGAUAAUGAGACCCGUGUUGAGAUGGAUAUUAGCGUUGGAAACUUUUGCAAUCGAUCAGUAUACUAUAGUGAAUCACUGAACGAUCGCAUGUACAUCAUCCAAAAUGGCUCGCUCCUUGUAAUGGACCCCGAAGGAACCGUAGGCUUCAGGAUUUUCAAUGACUACUGCAUAGACAUUAAUGCCAAAACUGGAAAAUACGAUGCCAUUGUAUGCGUUUCACCCCCGGUUGAAGCUAAAAUCGGCAGGAGCCAGAGCAUCAUUUACACCAUUUUUAUGAUGAUUUCAAUCCCAUGCCUGUUUUUUGUCACCUUCAUACAUUUUGCGAUUGACAAGCUAAAUCACUUGCACGGAUUAUGUAUUGGAUCGAUGUCAUUCUGUUUAGGGAUGGGAUUUUUGCUGCAUAGCAUAACCCAGCUGUCUACAUUGGUGGAACUGCGUCUUCAGUAUGCGGUGCAGUACUUCAUUUUAGCGUAUUACAUGUGGAUAUUCAUAUUGUGCUUGAAUUUGGUUCUGUUUUUGUGGAUCUAUGUCCUUCACUACGUGAACUUACGCACACGUCAUAAAACCGCCCACUUUGUCGCCUACUUCAUGAUUGCCAUGGUAUUGCCUAUUUUCUUGGUAAUCUACACGAAAAUCAAGCGAAUACCUGGAAUGCCAUCGUACUUCCAACAAGCCUGGAAUGAAUAUCCUUUUUCAGCUAUCAAAAUGGGACAACGCUACUUCAUUCCACCCGUGAGUACAAUUCUCGCCAUCUGUUUUGUGUUGCUCGUGCUAGCAUACUUUGGAUUCCGGAAAUUAGAUGAGCUCCUCACUGCCAGGGACAAUGUGUCCCUCCAUUUGGCAGAAAAUGGUGCUACACGACUUGAGCCUACUUUACCUAAAAUUGAUCGAUCAUUCGCUGAGCAGGUCCAGUUGAAUGCGCGUUGUCUUGCUCUACUUUACGUCAUAGUCGUCUUCACGUGGAUACUGGAGGUAGUCACGUUCUACUCCCCUGGAGCUGGGGACAUCUUGGGCUUUCUGGAAGCGAUGAACGCCAUGCAAGGAGUCUUCAUCCUUAUCAUCUUUGUCAUUAUUCGAAAAAAAAGGACAGUCAUUGCGAGCUGGUGGCAUGAUCGAGGUUCGCAUAACAUUUCAGAUGGGACGGAAAUGCAGCCGAUGAAGGGGAGGUGCUAUGAGGACAAGGAACAGGACGAGAAAUGAUGACGUUGUGGUUGCCAGGAUAUCUUAAGAAUUU